UGCCUGGGGACAAGAUGCAGGUCCUGUGAGGAUGAAGAGAAGGCUGUAGGACAAUCGGAAUAUCUGGAUUCCAUCAACAUUGGCCAGGCAAAGCAUUUCAUCUCCUCUUGGUGGGAUUCUUGGGGAUCAAAGUGUAUCCGGGUGAGCAUUUGGAAAUAAAGUUCAAAAUUCCUCAGACCUGUCCAUUACAUUAUGUCAGCUGUCAAUGAUACCAAAUUCAAAGCGUUCCUUCUCACCGGGAUACCUGGGCAGGAAGACAUCCAUCCCUGGAUUUCUAUCCCCUUCUGCCUAAUGUAUGUUAUUUCGAUAGUAGGAAAUUCAGUCAUUCUGUUCAUUAUAAAAACAGAUCCAAGCCUCCAUGAGCCCAUGUACAUUUUCCUUUCCAUGUUGGCCAUCACAGACCUUGGCAUAUCGAUAGUCACAAUACCGACGACACUGGGCAUAUUCUGGUUUAAUUCUAGGGAGAUCAGCCUCGAUGCCUGUUUUGCCCAGCUGUUCUUCAUCCACUCACUUCAAUGCAUUGAAUCCUCCAUGCUCUUGUUGAUGGCCUUUGACCGUUUUCUUGCAAUCCGUGACCCUCUGAGAUAUGCCUCCAUCUUAACCUUGCCGAGAAUAGCCAAGAUGGGACUGGUGUUUGUGCUAAGAGGGGUGGCCAUAAUACUCCCACUCCCCCUUCUCCUGAAACGGUUCAGGUACUGUCGAGCCAAUGUCCUGUCCCAUUCCUACUGCGUGCACCAGGACGUCAUGAAGAUGGCUUGUUCAGAUAUCUCAAUCAACAGCAUCUAUGGCUUGUUUACUACACUCUUAACGGUGGGGUUGGACUCACUGGUCAUAUUCCUCUCUUAUGUGAUGAUCCUCAAAACAGUGCUGAGCAUCGCAUCCACUGCGGAGUAUGUCAGGGCCCUGAACACCUGCGUCUCCCACCUCUGCGCAGUCCUCCUCUUCUACACGCCAAUGAUCGGCCUGUCUGUGAUACACAGAUUCGGGAAGGGCUCUCCUCCCUUGCUUCAGAUUCUCCUGGGCUACAUCUACCUGCUGGUUCCACCCCUGAUGAACCCAAUUGUGUACAGUGUGAAGAGCAAACACCUUCGUGCGAGGAUAAUCAGAGUGUUCAUCAAGUGAAGGGUCAAUUCAUCACUGGCUGCAACACUGGUGAUGUGGUAGCCGAAAAACACGGGCCAUCUAUUCCAUCCUGGACCUUACAACUGAGAUGACAUGAGCUACUGAUCUGCACUGUGUAGAGAGAGGUUCAGUUGGGGUCUAAGGCCUGGAGCAAUGGAAGAUGGGCUGGUGAGAGAGGACAGCGAACUGCGGGAAGAAGACCAAAGCAGGCAGCAGCAUUUACAAAGUGACUGUGUUCAUGGAGAGCUGGGGGACCGGUGGAAUGUUGGCCCAUAAAUUGCCACUUCAGUGGCUGCUCCGACCUCAGUAUUCCUUUUGAUACAGUCAAUAAAGUAAAC